GUCCAGAUCGCCAAAUAUCAUCACAUCCUCAGACACCAGCGAGCAAAAUGCUAGUCUCACUAACCGUCGGCAAAGUCGACGCCGGUAUGGCCGUCCUCUUGACGGAGGACAAGAGAAUCAUCGAGUUUCCCUCCAUUUUGCUCCCUCCAGACAUAUCUUCAGGUUCCAUAGUAGAUAUCACCGUAGCGCGGAACCAUGCGUCAGAGGCCGCCGCACAGAAAGCCUUCCAUUCGCUCCAAUCGACUAUCUUUCAGACCUUCGGCGUGCACUCACCCUCGCCGCCCGUUCUCCGCUGCAGAAAUGCAACACAGACCUCUGUCGUUCUCGAAUGGGAUCCAAUCGAGCUUGCCACUGCAGAAUUGCGCAGCUUGAGUCUAUACCGUAAUGGUACCAAGGCAGGCUCGAUACCUCGACCUAGUGAGAUUACAAGCACCAAGAUCAGCGGAUUGGCCAUAGACACGGAGUACACGUUCCACCUGGUGCUCAAGACUAGCGCGGGUACAUACAGUUCUGAGAAGCUGGUUGUGCGCACGCACAAGAUGACAGAACUCCAUGGCAUCACCGUGACGCCGGGCAUUAUGCCUGCAGCGCUCAGGGAAUCUCUAACGCAAACGAUCGAGAAGAUCGGUGCGAAGCUGAUCGAUACCGUGAGGAUCGACACCACUCACUUUGUAUGUACGGAGGGAAGGGGACAGGCUUGGGAAAAAGCCGUAGAAAUGAACAUCCCCGUCGUGGUGCCGGACUGGGUCAAGGGCUGUGAGAGAGAAGGCAGACUCGUGGGUGUGCGAGGCUAUUACCUGAACGCGGAUCCUAGACUGCGACAAGUCGGACCCAGCGUUGUGCAGGCACAGCAGCAGACGCCCGCAGAUCAUCCUAUGCGCAGCCCACCACCGACGACGCAAGUCACGCCGCCUACGCCGGAGAGACCCACCAAGGAUCGUAAGGAUGAGACGCAAGACGGCAGGCCGAGAGCAAGCGACGAGCCGCCGACCCCGCCACCGAAGACGGACGGACAGGCAAGUGGUAGCACGACGAUGGUAGAUCGAACGAGCCAGGCGCUCCAGAAGGAAAUGGGCGAAGGGGCGAAACGGAGUGAAAGUAGCGAGGAGGAGGAAGAGGGUGCCGGACCAAGCGGCCCAGAGAGAAAAGCCUCUCCUGCAUCGGGCGAUGGCAAUAAAAGAGCUACUGUUGAAGAUGAUAAGAGCGAGAGUGGUGAUUUCGAGACCGUCGCCCUGUAGCGACUGGGACGUACCAACAUUCCAGCCGCUCAGCCCGGCAGCCAUGUUUACUCUGCCCUAUACCUUCGAAAGCGAGAAUUCGUCCUUUAAUCGUCGAGAACGUUGUCAAAUGAACACAAAAAUAGCUGUGUCCUGUCCUUGUGAAGGAAAAUCGGCCUCUAUUUGAGUCGACCGCUCCGCCAUCUGCGUGUUACGUACAGUACACAUAACUGAAAACUAGAGCUUGGCUCUUCUAAACAUACUGAGAUACAAUCCACCGAUCUAUAAUCUAGCAACGUUCUCCUUGUGCUUCGCC